AUGAACGAUCACAUUGCUCAAAUGAUUAGAGAAAAGGUUGCGGUCAAUGUGCAACGGGAUUUUGAGAAAAGAGAUGCCAAAGAUAAAGGCAAGAAGAAUGAGGAAGAGAAGGAAGUGGAGGUAUGCCACCCACCGGAGUACCACGGUGACCGUGAUCCCAUCGUUUGUACAAGAUGGAUAUCGGAAAUUGAAGGGGCUUUCCGUACUAGCCAAUGCCCCUCACAUUUGAAAGUUGUAUUUGCGGUGGGUAUGCUUAGAAACAGUGAGAAGAGAUGGUGGGACGGAUUGUUGACAAUUAAGAAGGAGGCCUUGGAUAAUGUUGAAUGGCCCGAGUUUAAAACCAUGUUCUUCAAAGAGUUUAGGUCAGAAGCUGAAGUGACCAAGUUGAGAAGUGAGUUUCUAAACGACUGUCAAGGCAAUAUGAGCUUGAAUGAAUUCCAAGCUCAAUUCUUGGACAAGGCUCAAUUUUGUCCGGAAUUCCUUGAAAAUGACCAAUUGCUAAAAGAGCAAUUUUAUUUGAAGUUGAAGAAAAACUUGAGGGAGAAGAUAAGCCUACGCCAAAUGGAGUCUUUUUCCAUGUUAGCGGAUGUGGCUAGAGAUCAUGAAAUCGAACAAGCAAGAGUGGAGGAAGGUGAUUUAAAAAGGAAGCAUGAGGACACCAACUCCCCGAAUAAACGGUUCAGACAAGAGGGUAAUUCCGGUAACAACUCACAUAGAAGAAACAUCCCCUUUUGCCGUCAAUGCAAGAGAAAUCACUCGGGUGUGUGCAAGGCAUCGGAGAAGGGUUGUUUUACUUGCGGAAAACCGGGGCACACAAGCCGAAAGUGCAAGUCAAGGUCUCAAAAACCGGUCAUAUGUUUCAAGUGUUUCGAGGAGGGUCAUAUGAGAAGUUCAUGGCCUAAGUUGACUGAAGAAGAAAGACUCGAAGAAAGGAGGAGGGAGGCGGAAAGGAAGAAUGCCCAAGCUCAUGGGAAUCAGCGAGGAAGAUCCUUUCAACUCAUAGUGGAGCAGGCUAGGAAUACGGAUGACGUUGUUACAGGUACAUUUCUUGUGUAUAAUGUGCCUAUGCGAAUUCUCUUUGAUUCGGGGGCGAAUAGAUCUUUUGUUGCAACUAGAGUAAGUCAUGUUAUUCCUGUAUCUAAGUCAAGUCUAGAUAAUACUUUACAAGUUGAGGUUGGUAAUGGUAGAAUGGAGUUAGUGAAGGAUGUGUAUAGAGGUUGUGAAAUCAAGAUUUUUUCGGAACUCUUUCAAGCUAAUUUAAUUCCGUUCCCCAUGGGGGAGUUUGAUAUAAUUUUGGGCGAUAUAUUUGAAGACAUUCCUAUUGUUAAUGAAUUCGCCGGUGUUAUUCCCGAAGGCUUUCCGGGUAUUCCUCCCGAAUGGCAAGUUGAGUUUUCAAUUGAUCUCAUUCCGGGGGCUAACCCCAUUGCUAAAGCUCCUUACCGGUUGGCUCCAACGGAAAUGCAAGAGAUGAUGAAGCAAUUACAAGAAUUACUUGACAAGGGUUUUAUUCGACCUAGUAACUCUUCUAGGGGUGCACCGGUACUUUUUGUCAAGAAGAAAGAUGGAAGUAUGCGUAUGUGUAUCGACUAUCGCGAGCUCAACAAAGUCACCAUAAAGAACAAGUAUCCUUUGCCUAGAAUCGACGAUUUAUUCGAUCAACUUCAAGGAGCUUCAUAUUUCUCUAAAAUAGAUCUUCGAUCGGGUUACCAUCAACUCAAAGUACGUGAUGAAGAUAUUCCUAAAACCGCCUUUCGGACUCGUUAUGGUCAUUUUGAGUUUGUUGUCAUGCCUUUUGGUCUCACAAACGCUCCCGCGGCUUUCAUGGACCUUAUGAACCGUGUUUGCCGCCCUAUGCUUGGUAAGUCAGUGAUCGUAUUUAUUGAUGAUAUCCUCAUUUAUUCUAAAAGUUCAUCCGAUCAUGAAGUUCAUUUAAGGGAGGUGUUGGAAACUUUACGUAGAGAGAAACUUUACGCCAAAUUCUCCAAAUGUGAGUUUUGGUUAAGAGAAGUGCAAUUUCUCGGUCACGUUGUUAAUAGUGAAGGAAUUAUGGUGGAUCCGACUAAGAUUAAUGCGGUGAUGAAGUAA